AUGUCGGUGCAACUCGCACCUCUCAGAAACAUCAGGCAGAAACAGAUGGAACAGACAGAGCAAGCGCACAACGAUAAGAUCCAGAUCCCAUCAUCCGACAGACGGACACUUGACCUCAAAGGGAACUCGUCCAGUGAGACGGGCGGUGUCCGCCCGCCGGUCACCGCAAUGUCAUUCCGGGAGCUCCCCCCGCCCCGACCAGUCCAAGUUGAGACCAAGUCGGCUCGGCUGGCACUGGCGCUUGACCGCCAACAAUACCUCUCUUGUCGGGAGGCGCCCAUAGCUCUCUCUCGCUCUCUCUUAUCGUACCUUGACGCAUCAGGGCAUUCGGGAAUGCAGCAGCCUGCACUUUGGUUUGACCGCACCUUGAGUCUCGCCCAAUGGCCUCGGACUGGAUUGUCAGGGAGGAUCAACAUUCGCCAACUUGGCCGCCGGGAUGGCUUCUGGGAUUGGCUUACACCGUCAGGUAGAGGCACUGGAAGGCUCGCCUGUCUGAGUGGGGGCGAGGCGGUCACUAAAACAGCCUCGCCUCCUUGCCCGUAUUCCUUCCCAUCGCUGCAUGCGAACGGAGAGUGGUUGCUGUCAGCCAAGGAAAUCGAGGUAUUAUUUCGAAGCCUGUAUCCAGGUAUGUACGGGUACAAGGCCACUUGGGAUGAUGCACUACCUUACUCUAUCCGACCAAAGAGGGAAGAGAAGCAGCAGCAAGAUACCCGCUUGAGAGAAAAUUCAGAUGCAAAAAAUCAAGGACAUUGCAGAUGCCAGACGGAACAAGGCGGCGAUAGUCGUAAAUGCGAAGCGCCGCGAAGAAACCACGGCCGAAACAGACCGGCGACGGCGACGGAGAUGAAAAAAAGAUAA